AUGACUGUCACCCUCGGACCAGUCACGACAUCGAGCAACCUGGCCAACAACACGUACGGAAACCAAUACAACCCCCGAUGUUUGAAACGGGACUUUCACCAAUCAUUCAGCACUGCCAAUCUGACAUAUACGACCAUAGCCGAUCUAUGGGUGGCCCACCCGGCCUCGCAUGGCUAUGUUGGAGGGGAUGAGCAAGAUCUGUACACAUCACCGAAUGAUCCUCUAUUCUACCUCAUCCACAGUCAGAUUGAUCGCCUGUGGGCCGUCUGGCAAGGUCAGGAUUAUGCAUCCCGGGAAUUCGCACUAGACGGGACCGUCACGAUCAAUAACAUGCCUCCUUCGGAGGACGCUACCCUGUCAAUGAUAAUGCACCUGGAUAUUGCGGCUGGAAAUGACAUGCCUGUGUCAGACGCAAUGACAGCUAUUGGAAACGACUAUUGCUAUAUAUACGCCUAG